UACACUACACGCACGUGUUUUCUCGCAGGUUUUGAAGGUUACAGAAGSAGCGGCGGUGGUUUGCUUGUUGAAGUAUCCGCAGGGAGAGUGUCAGGGACGGGGUGGCAGCGGUGGAGGCCGGCUGAGAGCACCGAGAGGYGGACACCAUGGAUCCCAUGAAGGCGCAGCAGCUGGCGGCGGAGCUGGAGGUGGAGAUGAUGGCUGACAUGUACAACCGAAUGACGAACGCCUGCCACAGGAAGUGCGUCCCACCACACUACAAGGAGGCGGAGCUGACGAAGGGCGAGUCUGUGUGCCUGGACCGCUGCGUGGCCAAAUACCUGGACCUUCACGAGAGACUGGGUCGCAAGCUGACUGAGCUCUCGGUCCAGGACGAGGACAUGAUGAGGAAGGCGGCCGUCGGGAGCGGAUAGAGACCGUGAUGAAGGAGAACUGAAAGGACGAGUGUCAGGUUCUGAUAUGAAAGACUUGUGUUAAUCAGAGGGCGGGCUUAUAAAAUAAAUGUUUAGGGUCCACGAGGAUGAACUACCUCCUGUUUUGCAUUGGAUUUGAUGCAAAACAUGACGUUUGGAGGAAUCGUAGGUGACUCCUUAAACUGCUCCUCCAGCCUCUUUGUUUCAGGACGUCACCUGCAGAGACCGAACUGUGGAGAUUUAAAAACAAGAGCAUGUACUUACAUUUAUGAAUCAAAAUUAUUGUCUUUUCCWUUUGAGUAAAAAACUAUCAAUGUUGCUGUAAAUCCCCUUAGAACAUUAUAUAUAUAUAUAGGGCUCAUGCUGAAGUUCUGAACUUUGUCACUUCUUGUACUUUGUAACCAUUUUUUUGUAAUGUUUUCUGUUUGUGUGAACCUGGCAGAGAAGCUGUACAACAUGUGGUUUAUGACUCUAAUAAAAGCAGUUCCGGUUGUCUUCACAUCA